AUGGAAUACCUCAUUCGGUUUGUCCAGGCACAUGAAAGUUUCCGACGGCCUGAGAUCGAGGCGCUUUCGACGCUUGCUGGACUGCCCUAUGAGAUCGUUUCCUAUUCCGAGACUUCACCGUUUUGUGUGGUGAGGUUUGCUCCUGCCGUCGAUACACAUGAUGGGGAAGAAAAUGGUCUAAGAGCGGUGGAUGACGGCUCUUUCGAGAGCCUCGAGGCGAGAAUCAGGAAUUUUGAAAGCCGCUCCAUCCUCUCAAAGUCCAUUUACGAGAUAUGGGGACAGGGGCGGGAUUAUGAUGAACUUCACGCGGAUGUGGAACGGAGGAGUCACCACCUCUGGGACCGUUAUCGCCAUGUAUCGUUCAAGUUCUCGGUGGAUUCUUACUGUAGCACGAGGGACGUCGACCAACAGAGACAGAUCAUCAACUCAUUUCGAUACCUUGAUCUCCAGGGCAAGAUCAAGAUGAAGCACCCGGAAGUGGAGUUCGCCGUCCUGGAAGAGUGGCUUCCUUUGACCUUGUCGAGCGAAACCCAAGGAAACGCGCCAGCCUCUGAGGCGGCCAUCGACAAGAUAGCAGGCACAAGUCUGAGAAGAGUGUUCCUCGCCCGCAAGAUUGGCGAUUCAUGUCGCUGGCUAAAGGAGAAGCAUGACCUCAAAAAGAGGCCGUACAUAUCGACAACCUCGAUGGACGCAGAGUUGGCGCUGCUGACCGCAAACAUGGCCCUGGCAAGCCCUGGGAAACUUUUCCUGGACCCUUUUGUGGGCACGGGAGGCUUCAUGAUUGCCGCUGCAGAGCUAGGAGCUGUCGUUCUAGGAUCAGACAUCGAUGGCCGCAGUUUCCGCGGCAAAGGUCUCGGGCUGGAUCAGGGGGUCGGAGCAAACUUUCAAAAGUACGAUUUGACGCAUUUGUUCGGAGACUGUCUGACUUCUGAUUUGACGAACACACCGUUUCGCUGCGCUACGACUGUGCUCAAGUCGACCGAUGGCCGGUGGCUGGAUGGAAUUGUUUGUGAUCCUCCGUAUGGCGUGCGUGAAGGGUUGAAGGUGCUUGGAACGAAGUCGAGGCAAAGUCGUAUGGAGACAGCCGAUAUGAACAGCGAAGGCUCCAGUCAUUCGGAGACUUCCAACCCGCUGACAGAAGUUUUGAUCAACGGUGUCCCGGCGCAUACGCUGCCUGGAUACAUACCGCCAAAGAAGCCCUAUUCCUUCACGCGCAUGCUUGACGACAUCCUUGACUUCGCCGCCAGAACGCUGGUUGAUAGGGGCCGCAUCGCGUUCUGGAUGCCGAGCGCGAAUGAGAACGAAUUCGGCGAGGAAGAAGUCACCACCAUACCGACGCAUCGGCACCUCAAACUGAAACACGAGUGUAUCCAGAGAUUCAACAAGUGGAGCCGGAGAUUGUUGGUGUAUGAGAGACUGCCUUGGACCUUCGAUUCAGAGGUACAAAUUGCCGGGUGUGUUAGUCGAGAGGGAAUUUCGACAACCAGCGCUGGUUAUACGGCCGAUGAGCUGAACCCUUUCCGUAGAAGGUAUUUUCAAUCCUUUGGUGUAGACAGAAAUGGAAGCUAG